GUAAAUGAACAACUAGAGUUUUUUUUAUUUUACCUUUUYCACGUUCCAAGAUCGAAUUCGAUCGAAUGAGUAAGCGAGAUCACAGCCAAUCAGAAGGUGAGAAAUUUCGCGCGCUGAAAAUCGAGACUCCGAGGUGUAAAGAAUUUGUCUGUGGAUUUCGCUUGUAGCUCUUAUAAAGAACCUUAAAAUGCCAUCUCGCAAGAAAGGAAUUCUUUUCAAAGACUUUGUGCGAGAAAACGAAAGCAAAUUCGUCGCAAAAUAUUCCUUCCUUACACCUCARCAAAUCAACGCCAAGCUGAAGCAAUCAUGGAAGAAAAUGUGCAGGGRAGAUAAGGAUUUCAAAACAGAUUCAUCUUCAACGAGGAAAACCAAAGUAAUUUGCAGUCCAGUGAGCAGUCCAAAUAAGUCUAUCCGCCAGGCAAAGCURCAUGAGGACAGUCAAUCGACUCAUCUCUCGCUUGUCAAGGACGUCAGUCCAGUGGAUUUGGCGGGAAGUGAGCUCACGCUUGGCGACAGCGAAGCGCAAAGUGAUUCUGGAGGUUGGUAUUACGAAUCAGAUGGCACUUUAGAAAAUACUGACGAGCAAGAUCAGAAAUACUCCACACAAAACAGUUUUACUGAAGAAACAGUAACCAAUGUCAUGGCACACACCCUAAAUGUAGAAGAAACCAGCAAAGAUGAACAAGAAUGCCAAAACCCAAAGGAAGAGAAAAUCCUAUCAGAUUUGUUUCAUCCAAUGGAAAAGGCACAAAACAAUUCUUCAGAACAUGUAAGGCUUCUUACUAGCAGAGAAACAGAAGGCAAAAGCAACUUCAGUGGCAUGUUUGAAGAAAACAAUGAGAUUUUUCUAUAAAGUACAUUUUAAUAUUUUCAAAGAAAGAGAAAAAGGCAACGCAGUUGUAUAUUAUAUAUAGAACUAGAGUCUUUAUCAUUAUUAAAUAUGCAAUGUUACCGUUUCUAAAACAAAGGUCAUCUACCUUUCCYAUUGUAAUUGUUUUUAUAGUCUUGUAUUGUUUUUUGUUUGCAUUUCAUACGUCAUUGAAUUUGAAAAUACCAGUAUCUGUCUAACCUUGACCUACCUGCUAGAGAAACUUGUAACAAUUCAAUGUUUGUGCCAUAUUUUUUUUGUAAUAACCAUAUUAUUAUAAUUGUAGCAAAAGAAAUAUAGUUGUUUUCCUGUUGUGUUUUGGGAAAUUUAUGUUUUCACAACAAAAUUUAUGGAAAUAAUUCUUGUAAUACAUGUACAAGGAUGUCACAGAAUUGCUUCCUGUACCAACUUAUUAAAUCAAUGAAUUACAUGUAAUGUAUUAAGGUGGCUUCCUACAGUUGUUUUUCGACCAUACCUCUCAUUUUAAAUUCUCUCUUUGAAAUCUUGCUAUGAACCGAUUUGUAUCGUGUUUGGACCAGUAUUAAAGCAUUGACCAAAGUUUUGUUUGGCAUAAUAUUUAGCUCUAUCAACGUUACCUAGGCAACGGAAUUUGCAUUUUGUCGAAAUUCGUUUUUCCCAAAUAUCUCAAAAAAUUGAUGAGAUCCAGAAAAGCGGUAAACAUAUCAUCAUUAACU